AUGGGUUAUGGUUAUUAUUAUUUAGAAUUAUUUUAAGAAGCUAUAAAUAUCUAUGGUAAACUAAUAAAAGUGUAUUUAAGCGCUAAAAAACCUCAUUAUAUCUUACUAGAUAAGCAUGAAGAUGAAUAAUUGUCUAAAAAUUAACAAUUGAAAUAUAAUUUUGAUGAUUAGGAUGGCAAUGAUGAUCAAAAUUUGUUUAGUCAAGACUAAAAAGGAAAUAAUCAAACAAAGUCUUUUGAGGAUGAAGAUAGUAACAACGAUAAAAAAGAUAAUGAUUAUGAUAAAAGCGAUUACGAUAGUGAUUAACAAGAAGAUGAACAAUUUUAAAAAAAAUAUAAUAAAGAUAAUUAUGAAAUAAAUUUUAAUUACUUGGGUGAUGCUAAUUAAUACGAUGAGGAUUAUGAAGAAUUUGAAAGCAUUCAAUCUACAAAAGGAUUAUUUGAUAACUAUCACAGACUAAAAUAUCUGAAAGUAUUCGAUAAAGAACUUAAAAUAAAAAAACUUUUAGUGAUUAUGAAUCAAAAUAUUUUAAAUUUCCGUAGAGUCUUUGAUUAGUUAUUAGGGAGUGACAUAAUUUUAAAUCUCUUAGAUUCUUACUAUUUAGAUGAAGAAUAGAACAUAUUUAUAUUUGAAACAGAGUGGUUUGAUUUUACUCCUGAUAUUUUAUUAAAUAAACUCUAAAUAUCUUAAAAAGUUAUUGAAAGCAUAGCAAAUGAAUUGUAGCAGCGUUUAUUUACUUUUUUAAAAAUUGAGAAACUAGACAGAGAAAUAAAACCAAGUAUCUAUUUAGAUAUUAAAAAUGAAAAAUCAAUUUAAGUUAAGCUUAAUUUGUUCGAAUUUUCAAAAGAAAUUUUUUGUUUACGUUUUGAUGACAAUAUUUAAUAUUACCGUAGUUAAUAAUUGAAUAAAUUUGAAAAAUAAGAGUAAAAAUUACAAUUCUUGUUAUACAACGAUACAGAAGGACUUGGUAAAAUGAAACAAAUUUCUAGAACAAAACUUGAAGAACUAAUUACUGAAUAUAGUAAAGAUUGCCUAACACCAAUAAAAAAAUAAAACUUAAUAGGAUAAAUACAAAAUAAACAACAAAAAAUAUUUAACUUUCAUUGCUAAGAAAUAUUUGAAGCUAUUUGUUCCCACCCUAAAUAUGAUAACUUUGAAAUCUGUAAAUGCUCGAAAUAGUCAUUUGAAUUAAAGCUAACAAAGGGAGGCCAAAAAAUAACAUUGGAAGCAUUAAAAUAGUAAUCAAUAUAAGAAGCUUAAAUGUUAGAAUUUGAGUAAAAUAAAUUACUAUUGCUUAACUCGCUUAAUAGUAAAGUCAAGACUAAUUUUAUUAGCGCUACAGCUUAUGGGUUUAAUUCUAAUUACUACGUUUUGAUAGAACACUAAGAUAUAAAAAAGAAUCAUUUCAGUACUUUGAAUUAAUUACAUUUGUCAAUUAAUCAUAAUCAAUACAUUACAAAUAGGUAUGAAAGUAUAAAUGAACAAGUUAAUACUGUUCAUUUUAUAUCUUUCCUAAUAGAAUUAAGCUUUGAUCUCUUUACAAAAUAUGGUAUCAAAAUUAAUUAGAUAAAUCCUUCUGAGAUUUUGAUAAGAUAUGAACUUCAAAUAGGCGCAAAUAUUAAUUUUGUUGAGUCUAAUAUAGAAUAUAUAAGCCUUUAAGACUAUUAAUAAAAUUACAAUAAAAUCGUUUCUGAAUGUCUUAAAAAAUAGGAAUAAUAUUUUGAAUAUAAAAGUAUUUAUGAUUUUUAUAAAAGCACAAUUUAAGAAAAAUUAUUUUCAGAAAUUUGUAAUUUUUUAAAUUUAAUUUUUUCUGAUUCAGUAAAAAAUUAGCAAACCUUAUUUAAUCAAUAUCUUAAUAUAAGAAAAAUGUUAGAUUAAUUAGUCCAUGUUAUCGAUUUAAACAAGUAAGCGAACAAUUAUUUAAAAAUAAGCAUUGCUGGAAAAGCUGAUUAUAUGAAUUAAUUACAUUACUAAUUCAAAUUUAAUAAUAAAGAAUAAAUAAAGUAAUAACUGAAAUUUGUUAUUGAUUUUUUAAAUAAGAACAAGUCAAAUAUAUUUUCGGCAGAAAUGUUUUAAUCAGAUAUUUAUUUUAAACUUGAACAAGAAGAAAAUAAAGAUAAACUAAAUUAGCUUAACAGAGAGUUGCCUAAAAAUGGUUUUUAAAAUUUGAAUGGUUACUUGUAGUAACAUCCUCAAUAUUUAGAAAUACAGGAUAAAAAUUUUUCAGAUUUGAAGUAUAAUUAUGAAAUUUAGUUAAAUGAAAAACUGCUAAUUGAAGUAGGGUUUACUAACUUCUAAGGCUAUAAUAGAUAUAACAUAGGUCUAAGCUUAUUUUAGACUCUAUAGAAUUUAAAAAUAUUAAAAUUACAUUUUUAUUAUGAUAAUUUUAAUACAUAAACCAAUUUUUUUAUGUUAAGCCAGUCCAUUUUAAGCUUAAGUUUAAUCUUUUACGGUAUUUUUAAUAUCAACAAUCUCAUAAAAUAGAUUAACAAUUGUAAGAAUAUCAAUUCACUAGAAAUAAGUCUUACAAGAGAUAACAUAAAUUUGAAACAUGUCUAAAAUUAAGCACGCAAACUAGUUAGAUUAGUUGAUUUAACUGUUUUUUGCCAUACGGAUAAUUAUUAAUAGGGUUAAAUUUAAUAAUAAUAACAUAAUUAUGGAUUCUUUUUGUGA